GUUGGACAGGCAUUUCGUGCUUGAUGACCGGGCGUUUCCGAUCCUGGCAGUGUAGGAAGUGCGAUAAAAGAUGGCUGCAACACUGAGACCAUACCUUAAUGCUGUGAGGUCAACAUUGACCGCUGCUAUGUGCCUAGAAAACUUCUCUUCACAAGUUGUAGAAAGACACAACAAACCAGAAGUAGAAGUCAGGAGUAGUAAAGAAUUAUUGUUGACACCAGUAUCAGUGAGCAGAAAUGAAAGAGAGAAGGUUCUAAUAGAAGGUUCAAUCAACUCGCUCAGAAUAAGCAUCGCCAUCAAGCAGGCUGAUGAAAUCGAGAAGAUCCUUUGUCACAAAUUUACCCGCUUUAUGAUGCUCAGAGCAGAUAACUUCUUCAUUCUUCGAAGAAAACCUGUAGAGGGGUAUGACAUCAGCUUCCUCAUCACAAACUUCCACACAGAGCAGAUGUUGAAACACAAGCUGGUGGACUUCAUCAUCCAGUUCAUGGAGGAGAUCGACAAGGAGAUCAGUGAGAUGAAGCUCAGUGUGAACGCUCGUGCUAGGAUUGUCGCAGAGGAAUUCCUUAAAAGGUUUUGAGGAAUGCCACACCUUAGCUCUUCUUCAUGUCUUUUAUACACCAAACCAUUCAGAGUCUGGCUCCCAGGACCCCCGAUGUACAAUACAUUCCUUGGACAAGGGCAACUUUUUUUACACCUUGUACUCUGACUUUAAAUACUCUACCAAAAAAAAAAGAAGCACCAAAAGUUAGAUGAAACUUCAUUUCAGUUUAGUCUUUUGUUUAAAUGAGGUUCAGCAUUGCCAUUUUAGGUUCUCUGUCUUCUUUAUUCGCUUCCACUCAAUUGUCUGUUCUCUCUUUCUCAUUGAAUGAUCACUUAUCUCUUGUGGUCUCUAUCUUAUGUUCACUCAUUCAUUCAUUCAUUAAGUUUGUCUUACAUUCUCUGUCUCUUUCUAUUUGAGUUAUAAAGGGAUGGAUGCCAUUAAAUAAGAAGCCCUAGGAAUGCUCAUCAACCUGUGUCUUAUAUUGAGCCACAGUAGUGUAGUGGUACGAUACUUAGCCAUUCAAGUUACAAGAUAAAGGGGCCAGUAUCAUAUUUAGGUGAUAUAAUCAUAAUAGAAUUUUCUUUAUUAGCAUAGAAAAUGUACAUUUUUGUCAUCUUAAACAUAGCAUAAUGAAUUCUAGGAAAAUGUGGUGAAAGAAUUAAUGAUUUAAUGAAUGAAAGAUUUAUUUAUAGACUAUGUAUGAAUCUGAAUGCCCAUACUUAUGUUUUUGUUUGUUAAUGUGUUACUGUAUUGUUUCCUUUUUUAUUGUGGUGCUUUGGAAAAGCUUCCUUUAAACCAUGCCGUGAAAGUUUCUUCUCCGUAUGCAUUAUGGAAGAAAGUUAUAAAGAACAAAUACAGCAACCAUUUCGGUAAAUCUAUACUUAGACAUGAAGAAAAUAAUCUGCUAUUAAAUUUUCAUCUUCUAUAAAUAAUGGUUGAGAUCAUUCAACCCUUGCAAUACGCACCAGGAAUAUAUUUGAAGCCCAGUCUUUUAAUUCCAUUUGUAAUUGAUAAGUAAAACAAAAUAUUUAAAAAGUAUGAUUUUGCCAGUUUCACUCAUGUACAAAGAUUUUUUUCUUUUCUUUUUUCAUUUUUCCUAUAAACUCAGAUAAGAAUGUAAAGAAUCAAAGCAUGCAAGUUUCUCAUUAUAGCCAGUAUAUCUAAAAAAAAAUGAAUGAAAGACUUUGAAAUGACUUUGAAUAAAUGUGAUAUUCUAGGUGAUAUACAAAGGAAGCAUAUUUCCUUUUCUCGUAAUAAGUUGCACUAAAUAAAAGCUUGUAGACAUGAAGAUUGUUUAAGAGGAAUAUGUUAACUGAUUUCCUAUGAUGGGAUGAUAUGUUAAUGUAUUACGUCUAUGGAAAUGGGAAAAUUAAGUAGUCUAAGGGUUAAGAAAUAUCUUUAUUGCAAAAUCUAUUUGAUCUUGUAUUGAAAAAAUGUAUGGCAAAAUAAUUGUUCAAAUAUGCUUUUUAACAUUUGCAGACUACAGGAAUUUGCAAACCUUAGAUGUUAAAGCCCCACUGCACUACUUAUAGCUACUUGCGCCCUCUAUAUAGCAAACAAUGCCUAAUCGGUGACCAUUGGUCCCCAUGGUUCCCUUUUUCUUAUGUUAAUUGAGAGCCGAUUUUAUGAGAUAACCACCUACCAGUGACCGUGCAGGGGGUUCUAAUCCCUCGGGCCAAACUAGUGCAGAGGGGCUUUAAGGGGAAGAAUACAUUUCCUUUUCAGUGUUCUGGGUAGGGAAUGAAAAUGUAAAUGUAGAAAGAAAAGACAGUUUUUUCUUAUCCCUUCUUGUCAAUAUGCAAUUAUAAUCAUGAUUGCCAUGAUGUAAAUCUUACUUCAAUGAGUUUUAUUGUACAUAGAUAGUGUAGUAUGGAUUAUUUUGUACUUAAAAUCUAAAGUCAUCUGUUAUUAGCUCCAGGAUGCAAUGGUACAGGGAGUGGGAUUGGAAAUGGGAGAUUUGGGAUAAAAACGUCUGUGUCAUGUACUCUUGUUUAUUUGGAAUCUACUCUCACAGUUCUAUCAUUUGAGCAAAUGAGGUGAAUCAGUUUCUAUUUGGUUUACGUACAAACAGCAAGACUGGAGAUUGUGAUGUAGAGAUCAAGUCACUGGGCAAGUCCAUAGUAUCUAAUAUUUUGAUAUAGGUGACUUUCUUGAUGUGCAAGUCCUACAAGAGCUUGGAUCAGACUGAUUUUAGAGUAAUAUACCAAUUUGAAUAAUGUCAACUGAUGAUCAUGAUAUGACAAUACUUGGUAACAUGUGGGAUACAAGAUGACCUUUGGUCUUGCCCUACUCUAUCUGGAAGAAAUACUUCACUUCUUUUCAUUAUUAACAUGAGCAAAUUAAACUUUAGUUACACUCUUAUGCAUGAUUUUCCUUUUUUUCAAAUAGAAAAACGUGUAUAAAUAAUCUCUUUGUUUUCUGUGCGCCAUUUUGCACUUUAAAGAAUGGGCCUGUGAUUGUAGUACCACAAUACUCUGCUUUCUAAGCUGUAGUGCGUGUAUGUGGAUGGGAAAAGAAGGAAAAUGAAGUGGAAAAUGUAGACUUUUGUUUAACUGUAAAAAGUGCCUCUCAUUGGUAUAGGCAGACCUUUCAACUUUCGACUCGAGCCAAAAAAACAUUUUUUUCAGGAUGUAUAUUUGUGUUUUGUACAUCGUAAUUACUAGUUAGACAACCUCUUUUCAGUGAAGAUGCAAUUGAUUUGAUCAUCACUUACAGUUUUGUCAUUUCUCAUAAAAAUAGGCAUACCAUGAUUGAACUGUCUGUAUUUCUUCACCAAUUGUAGCUUUCAAAUAUUGUUUCCUGUAUCUAAACAUGUUUAUUCUUACAAAUGUAUUGUAGCAUGGAUAAUUGAUUGACGUGUAUACAGGCCAUAACUCUGUUCUUGUGAGGACCUCCAAAUUGGAUGAUUGGUAUGCAAAAUGAUGAAUGAAAAUUCCAGUUUUAGUGAAACAAUAAAUUAUACUGUGAUGAGCAUUAAAACAGUAUUUUAGGUAUGAUAUAUGGUGAGACAUCUCUUCCCUCUUUAAAAUAUACUGAUAAAACAUUCUUCAGCAUAAUUAUAUUUUAAUUUUCCAUGUCGAUAAAAAAAAGCAAGUUGAUUGAAUGGAAAAAUUACUGCUUGCUGGUGACAUAUUGCCAAAUUUGAAUCUUGUAAGUGCAGUUCACUGGUAAGUCAGUGAUAAGUAACUCAAUGUUACAUAAUAACAAUUUGGACUAAGGAAUGUAAUGCUAAGAAAAUUAAGAUAUGGAGAUAUGUGUCUUUUUUGUAAUCCUAACCCUUUACUUUGAAAGAUCUGUUUAGCUGUAGUUAUUUUCCUUGCAUCCUCGCUUUUUGAGGAGUUGUUAUGAUGGUCAUUCAGUUACAAACAAAGCAAUACUCGUGGGAUUAGUCAUGGUAUUUUUUUGUUUCUUAUCAAAGUGAAGAAUCUUGGAAAACUCUUUGCACUUGAGAGAAAUUGCUCUCAAAUGUGCUCCCUUCAUACAUUUUUAAUAAUAUUUGUAUUAAUUAGGUCCAUGGGUAAAUCCUGACUUUGAUGAUGGAAAGGUAUUGUCAAAAGAUUAAAUAAAGAAUGGCUAUAUGAGUUAGAAUACUUCUGGAGGAAGUAAGAAUUUUUUUGAAUAAAUUAAAUCUAGAAAUAACAGGAUAUUAAUGUUAUGAUCCAUACAUUUGGUGUAAAGAAUUGAACACCAUACAUCUAAUGUAGUAGGAAAACUAGUUUUUGUGUUUCAUCCCGCUCCCAUAUCUUUGAAAAUAUAUCAUACUUCUAUGAAUUCCAGAACAUUCUUUUCACUAACCAUGUCAAAAAAAAAGUAGUAGUUCAAUUGCAUGCAUUGUUCCAGCACAUUAUGCUAUUUUCAACCCUGCAUGCUAUUUAAACGAUGACUCAAAUAAUCUCCCAUAAUGAUUUCCAGUAAGUCUGGAGGUAAAGGACUUACAGUGACAUGGCAAAUGUUUGAGGCAACUUGUCAAUUUUUUGUUGUGCCAUUUAAUAUCUCAUUGAGUCCUGUUAUAAUCAUGUAUAAAUGUAUGUAGAGGUUUUGUUCAGCUGUAUGUUUUUUUUUCUUCAGUUGUGAAAUUUUCUUUGAAAGAAAAUAAUUUGUAGAGAUCUAUUAUGUAAUCUUUUUUUGAUCAAGGAAACUGGAAGAUGGUUUGCUUUUUUUGAAUCAUGGUAUUAUUAUAUACAGAGUUAUUAAAAUACAUCUUUGCACAUACACACGAAAAA